GCUGGACCAUGGCAGCGGGGGCGGGGGCGGUGGCCGCGGUUCUGGGGCUCCUGCUCCUGGCCGGGCCGGGGAGCUCGGCCGGGGACGAAGCCCGGGAGGCGGACGCCGUGCGAGCGCUGCUGGUUCGGCUUCUGGGCCCCGGGCCGGCGGCCGGCUUCUCCGUGUCGGUGGAGCGCGCCCUGGCGGCCGAGUCCGGCCUGGACACCUACCGCCUGAGCGGCGGCGGCGCGGGGGCGCGCGUGCAGGUGCGGGGCUCCACGGGCGUGGCGGCCGCCGCGGGGCUGCACCGCUACCUGCGCGACUUCUGCGGCUGCCACGUGGCCUGGUCGGGGUCCCAGCUGCGCUUGCCGCGGCCGCUGCCCGCGGUGCCCGAGGAGCUGACGGAGGCCACGCCCAACAGGUACCGCUAUUACCAAAACGUGUGCACACAGAGCUACUCCUUCGUGUGGUGGGACUGGGCGCGCUGGGAGCAGGAGAUUGACUGGAUGGCGCUGAACGGCAUCAACCUGGCACUGGCCUGGAAUGGCCAGGAGGCUAUCUGGCGACGGGUGUACCUGGCCUUGGGACUGAACCAGCUAGAGAUCGACGAGUACUUCACUGGGCCCGCCUUCCUGGCUUGGGGGCGCAUGGGCAAUCUGCACACCUGGGGUGGCCCCCUGUCCAACUCCUGGCACCUCAAGGAGCUUUAUCUGCAGCACCGGAUCCUGGAGCGGAUGCGUUCAUUCGGCAUGACCCCGGUGCUGCCCGCCUUUGCAGGGCACAUCCCCCAGGCGCUCACCAGGGUGUUCCCUCGGAUCAAUGUCACCCAGAUGGGCAGCUGGGGACACUUCAACUGCUCCUACUCCUGCUCCUUUCUCCUGGCUCCACAAGACCCCCUCUUCCCCAUCAUCGGGAGCCUCUUCCUGAGGGAGCUGACCAAAGAAUUUGGCACAGAUCACAUCUACGGGGCUGACACUUUCAACGAGAUGCAGCCGCCCUCCUCAGAGCCUUCCUACCUGGCUGCAGCCACUGCUGCUGUCUACCAGGCCAUGAUUGCAGUGGACCCUGAUGCCACAUGGCUGCUCCAAGGCUGGCUCUUCCAGCAUCAGCCCCAGUUCUGGGGGCCUGCCCAGGUGGGAGCUGUGCUGGGAGCCGUCCCCCGUGGCCGGCUCCUACUUCUGGACCUUUUCGCUGAGAGCCAGCCUGUGUACAUCCGCACGGCCUCCUUCCAGGGCCAGCCCUUCAUCUGGUGCAUGCUGCACAACUUUGGAGGCAACCAUGGCCUGUUUGGGGCCCUGGAGAGCGUGAACCAAGGCCCUGCAGCUGCCCGCCUCUUCCCCAAUUCCACCAUGGUAGGCACCGGCAUGGCCCCUGAGGGCAUCGAGCAGAAUGAAGUGGUCUAUGCCCUCAUGGCCGAGUUGGGCUGGCGGAAGGGCCCUGUGCAAGAUUUGGGGGCCUGGGUGACCAGCUUUGCCAGCCGGAGGUACGGGGUCUCCCACGGGGACACAGAGGCAGCGUGGAGACUACUUCUUAGGAGUGUCUACAACUGUUCGGGCGAGGCCUGCAGAGGGCACAACCACAGCCCUCUGGUCAGGCGGCCUUCCCUACAGAUGGUUACCACCGUCUGGUACAACCGAUCAGAUGUAUUUGAGGCCUGGCGGCUGCUGCUCACAGCUACUCCCACCCUUGCCACCAGCCCGACCUUCCGCUAUGACCUGCUGGAUGUGACCCGCCAGGCGGUCCAGGACCUGGUCAGCUUGUACUAUGAGGAGGCGAGGACCGCCUACCUGCGAAAGGAUCUGGUUUCCCUCUUGAGGGUGGGGGGCAUCUUGGUCUAUGAACUGCUGCCCGCGCUGGACAAGGUUCUGGCUAGUGACAGCCGCUUCCUGCUGGGCAGCUGGCUGGAGAAGGCCCGGAUGGUAGCGGUCAGUGAGACUGAGGCCCGUGUCUAUGAGCAGAAUAGCCGCUACCAGCUCACCCUGUGGGGACCAGUGGGCAACAUCCUAGACUAUGCCAACAAGCAGCUGGCAGGACUAGUGGCCAACUACUACACCCCCCGCUGGCAGCUCUUCAUGGAGACCUUGGUGGAGAGCCUGGCCCAAGGCGUCCCCUUCCAACAGCGCCUGUUUGACCAGAAAGCCUUGGAGCUGGAGCAGGCCUUUGUCCUAAGCACACAGAGGUAUCCCAGCCAGCCCGUCGGUGACACUGUGCAACUGGUCAAGGAGCUAUUCCUCAAAUAUUACCCCCGGUGGGUGGCUGCCUCCUUAUGACAGAUUAACGAGUACUAGGCCAAACUCCAGGCCCAGGCGGGUUCAUGGGCCUAGAGAGGGCAGAUGCCACAAGAGGUCCCUAGCCUCCUGGGUGAAGGAACUAAGACUUGCUGGUGGGGUCAAGCAUGGGCAGCAGCCCUCCACACCCUGAAGGUGAGCUCACAGGAGUGUGUUAAUACAGCUUAAUAAACUGAUGAAUCACUGGG